AUGAGUGGAAAAGAUAAAGAACAGUCGUCCACAGAAAAUGGAGAACCACAUUCACUUGGAAAGAAGUUUCAGCAAACCCGCAAAUCUUGCAAACAGCGCCGCGCUUCCGUGAAACUGGGUAAUCACCGAGUCACGAUAGAAUCGCCAACUUCCUCCGAGGGCGACAAUACCUCCGAGGGUGAAAAUACCAGUCGACAGGGUACAGACGAAGACCAUGCUUCAGCUAAAUCAAGUCUCAGCGAAUCUGAUGGAGCUAAACAUAAAAUAUCUGUCGCCAGUUCCUGCGAGUGGUUGACGGACAAUGAGGGCUACUAUGAAGACUCGUUAAACAUAGACAAACUAGAAGACAAAUACAAGCUGGAGAGGAUCAGCCAGCAGAAACAGCUCAGAAUGUCACAGAGCUUUAAUGAUGGAGGUCCUAGACUUUCCAAAUCAAAUUCUCUCAAAAAGUUUAAUUCUGAGGGAGAUAUUUGUGACAUAAGCUCGUGCGAUAGGAAAAAGUCUAAAAUGACGAUUGUGGAAUUGUACGAAACUGAAAAGAACUACACCUCCAACCUGUUGACCAUACUCGAGGUUUGUUGUGUUUGCUGA